AGACAGCGUUCAGCGGCAACCAAGGUCACUUUGCAGCCGCCUUCAUUGCUUCCUUCGAUUGACUCCCUUCCCUUUUGCUGGCGUCUCUCCCGGAUCAUAUCUUACCUCUCCCACAUAAUACAGACGGACAUCAACCAUGUCGUCGCUACGGAACAGCGUUCAGCGCCGCUCCCAUAAGGAGCGUGCCCAGCCUCUCGAGCGCCAACGUCUCGGUCUCCUCGAAAAGAAGAAGGACUACCAAAAGCGUGCCAAGGACUACAAGAAGAAGCAGGAAGUCCUCAAGUCGUUGCGCCAGAAGGUCGCUGAGAAGAACGAAGAUGAAUUUUACUUUGGCAUGAUGUCCCGCAAGGGACCCGGUUCCGCCAUCACCUACGACGGCAAAAAAAGGAACUUUACCGGCACGGUCGAAGGCGAUCGCGGCAACAAGGCCAUGGACGUGGAGACGGUGCGCCUGCUCAAGACACAGGAUCUGGGUUACCUACGGACGAUGCGGAACGUGGCUGCCAAGGAGGUGCGCGAGCUGAUGGAGAGGGUCAUUCUUGCUGGUGGCGCCGACGUGGACGACGAUAGCGAGGACGACGACGAUGACGACGAUUUCGAGGACUUCAAUCAGGGUAUGGGCGGCAGCAAGAACAAGAAGAAGAGCUCGAGCGGGAGGACAGCACCCAAGAAGAUCGUCUUUUUCGACGCGGCAGAGGAGCGCCAGCAAAAGUUACAGGCAGUGGAAGACCAAGAGAUGCAAGAUUUCGAUUCAGAAGAGGACGAGGAAAAGGCAAAGGAGGCGGGUCGGAAGGCGCGAAACUUGGCGAGACUGCAGAACAGGCUCAAGCAGGCCAAGAAGAAGCUCCAGGCCUUAACGGAUGCUGAGACGGAGCUGGAGAUCACACAGGCCAAAAUGGCCAAGACACGGACGUCUGGCGGCAUCACAAAAUCUGGUAGGAGGAUCAAGGUUAAGGAGAGAAAAAGGUGACGGACUCGACAGAAGGUUUCCGUUUCUUUUCUCCUCUCUCUUUGUUCACUUCCUCACUGGUGGGCUGCUUUUCUUUGUUCCGAUUUUCACUGGGUUCAAUUUUUUCCAA